AUGCAACAGUACUUGGUGUAUCUCCUGAUUCUGAUCCACCUGGCAUCUGCAUUACCUACCAAUUACGAUGAUCACCAUGGUACCGAUGGCGUUACGAGUUGGCAGAGCAUGGGACUCGGUAAGGUGACCCCAACAGUGUCUGCGGAGGUGAGUAUUGGAAGCACCUACUCUGCGUACGGGGAAGAAAGUAAAGUUGCGCUUACAACACCAGCUGUCUACGUGACUGACCUGGUGGAUAAGGCAACAGAAAUUAAAGCAAAAGAAGAAACUUAUAACGGGACUCUAUUUGAGCAGCAGACAACCCAGGAUGGUGCGCAGGAGGGCACGGAGGCUAGAAGUGGUGUUGGAAAUAUCUCAGAAUCCCCCGUUCCUACCUUUGUGGGACUUGCUAAUGGUACGCUCGUUGAAGGUUCGGCUAAUGAUACUUAUGAAGAAUCGAAGAGCACUAAGGGUGAAUUCAUGGAGGUGGGUAAAAGUACGAACGAAGUGAGGAGUACAGCGAAUGUGGAGAGUAGCGAAGAAAACGGUUCGUCCUUUGAAGGCGUGGAUUCGAAUACUAGGGCGACAGGGGUGGAGGACUACACAACGGAGCCAUACUUAGUGAAAGAGCAAACGUCUGGAAAGGAUGUUGGAAAAGCCCCAGAUUCCCCUGUUCCUACCGAUCCGGAGGUUAGUGAAGAUGAAUUGGUGAAGAGUUCGACAUAUGCUUAUGAGGAAGACCCGGGAAAAAUAAACAAUGCCACCAUUGAGGUGGCAGGUAAGGAAGUAGUCGUGACUGAUAUUAUUUCGGAAACGGAGAGCAGUAAAGAGGUUGGGUUGUAUUCAGGUGCGGAUAAAACGACUGCAGUAGCUGUGGAUGGCUACACGACGGAGGCACAACCGGUGGAAGAGAAAAUAACUGCAACGGAUAACUACAAUGAUGUAGUAAGUAAGGCUGGAUCAGGUAGUGAGAGUGCGGACAAAAUGGCAAAUACGAUGGAUGAUGGUUCGCUUUCAGAAAGCGGAGCUUCAUUGGCCACAAUAUCCAUAAAGGACGAUUACAAAACGGAAGUUUACACAGGGCAGAGCGAAACGGGUAGAGGUGUUGGAGCAACCUCAGUAUCUCCUGUUCCGACUGACAUGAAGCCCACUAAUGGUGCACCAUUAGAAAGUUCCACUAGUGAUGCAGUUGAGAAUGAGCUGGAGACUACGAGUAGUGAUCUCAAGGAGAUAGAGAGUACAGGUGGAGGUGUAACUGGAAGUAUGAUUGAAAUGGCAAGUAGUGAAGAUGCUGGCUUGUUCUCUGAAGAUAUGAAAUCAGUGGCAACGGCGGCCGUGGAGGAGGACUACGCAACGGAGGCCUAUGCAGGGGAAGAGAAAACGACUGCAGAAGCUUCGAUAACAACCCCGGAAUCUCCUGUACCAACUGACAGGGCGCAUACCGACGCUGCCUUUGUCGAAGACGCGAUUAGCGACGCAGUUGGGAAACAGUUGACCACUGCAAGUGAUGACCUCAAGGAGGUGGAAGGUGAUGAUGGAAGUGUGCUUAAAAACACAGCUGACGUGGGGAGUACUGUGGAUGCUGAAUUGUACACAGAGAGUAUGGAUUUAAGGCCUACUGUGACUGAGGAGGAAAUCCACCCCGUCACUGGAUAUCUGGUGGGACAGGAGACUACCAAAGGGGUGGAUGAAGAGGAAACCACAGUUGUUGGAUCUGUGGGCAUAGGUUCCACUGAAGCUAUGAGCACGAAUAGUUGGUCGAGCAAUACUGACGUCAGUAGUACUGUUGCAGCCGGUGAAGGGGCUAGCGCCACCACAGAUGACCUCACAGUUGUGUUGUUCGAGAAGGAUGGUCAUGAGGGAAAUGGAAGUGCGGAAGGAGGGACAACGGAAAGAGAUGGUUCUGAUGGGAUAGGAUUGCAUUUGGGAAGUGCAAAUCCAAUGACAACGGCAGUGUUGGAGGAAGACUACACGACGGCGGCCGAUGCAGAGGAGGUGGAAACG